AUGGAGACGGCAAGAGAAAGGGGCGCCGGCGUUGGGGGCGCGGUGAGCGAGGUGGGAAGUCCGGCACGGUUUGAGGGUGAGGGUGGGGCUGUGGUCAAGGCGCAACGGGCAGAACCAAGUGGCGAGGCAGUGGCUGAUGACGAUGAGGAUCAGUGUGCGAUUUGUCUCUCUGCGGUGCCGGCCGUCGGGGCACACGUGGAGGCGAGGGAGCUGCGUGCCGUCCUGCAGCCAUGCGGGCACGCAUAUCACUCUGGCUGCAUCAAUGGUACGAAGCUCGUUGCCCUUUUUCGUUCCAAUGCGUCACGUCAUGAGCCCGCUUUCAUGCCUUGCGCUGCCAUCCCGAAUGGCUGUCUUCGUGGUCUGGUGCAGAAUGGUUUUCGGCGAGCGCCAGUUGCUGUCCCCUCGACCGCUGCUUUCCAACCGCCGUCGUCGUCGAUGGAUCGCUCUCUGACUCGAACCGUAUUGCUCUCCCUGCACAAUGUUUUUGUCCUCUUUCCCAACGGGACGCAUGCCCCUUCCUCGUUAUGCUAUCGAACCCUUUUGAUAGGCGAAAGUGCGGCAGAGGGUGCGGCUUCAGUCGAAAAGCCCAUGCGAGAGCAGGCCGCCUCGUCCCCCCGUCGGCGCAAGCGUAAUGCUCAAGCACGUUCGGCUCAGGCUGAGCCAGCCCGUGUGCGAUCAUGGUCAAGCCUCCGCACUCAGCGCGCCGGCCCGGCUACCGCCUAUGCAACCCGACGUGCCACUGUGCGCACACCGCGUCGCAAGCGUGCCAAAACCACAGCCAGCGAAUCCCUGGAUGAUCGCCGUCAACGGCUGCAACGCGAACGAGAAAGCUACCAUUGCCGGUCGUGUCAGACCGUGCUCGACCACGUUCACCCCGAGCACCUUUGCGAUGCCUGUCUCGCCAAUGUCGUCCGACAGCGGCUUGCAGCUGCUCAGGCAAAGGCUCAGCAUCGCACUGCAGCCGUGGCUGAUGCAGGCCGACGCUUGAGCGCUGUGCGUGCUGCACCUCCCCCGCCCCCGGUGCGAACUUUGGUCCCACCACCACCACCGUCGUAUCCACCACCCUAUUCGUCAGCGUCGCGCACGUCACGACCAGCUGACCCCUCCCACCACACCCACAAGCAAGCGCUGUCGACCAACGUUGCCACGGCUUCGCAAAACGUGGCUUCGCUUCUCAAUUCCCUGACUGCGCCCGCCCCUACGCGCUCCUUGGCUCAGUCCACACCGCCCAACUACGCGCCGUCCAGGCCCACCCCACGCCCCAGCCCUGAUUCAAAGGCGGCGACCAGCACCACAACCCAAGACGCCUUCCCCAACAAGGUUUGUCAUACAGUGGUUUCUGUCACGGUCCUUCUUGCGCUUGCCCUCAUGCUAUUCCCGUUUGCGCACAAUUGGGCGCAGCUGCGUCAGAUGGUGCACACGGUGUUGGCCAAGAACGGUCAGAUCGACCCGGGGCAAGAGCAACGAGUAUACCGCUCGGCCUACCGGCUUGGUCGGCAACGCUUUCCGUCCAGUCGAGAGCUCGCCAUGCUGGGCGAAGACGAUUAUCUGCACCUGGUGCGGCAAGCCAUGGAAGAGCGACCACAGCGACCUGGACUGCUGAGCAGUGUCCUGCGGCGCUAG